AUGUCGGAGCUUAACAAACUGCUAAAAGAAAUGCAUGCAUCACUAGAUGCAACUUCAGAAGCUAUCAACAAAUUAGAGACAGUUUAUGAAAAUCCAUCCCAACAUGAUGACAUUGCCAAACAUUUGAAAGUCGAUGAAAAUGUAAAAGUGUCAUUACUCUCUUUGAAAAAUGGAUCCAUGUUAUCUUACCUUUCUGCUUUGCUUUCUAUUAUUGAUGAUAAAAUGGACACAAAAGUGAAGGAUCCAACAGCUUCUAAAGGUCGUGAAAGAAGUAUCGAAAAUCGUAUUGUAUUAGAACGUGGUGUAAAACCGUUGGAGAAGAAACUAGGUUAUCAAUUAGAUAAACUUGUGAGGUCGUAUACAAGAACUGAGAAAGAAUACAAAGAUGCUGAAAAACGUGUCACAGAGAGAGAUAUUCGUAGUACAACAAAAUCUAAUAGAGAAAAUAGCGAUGAUGAAGAAGAAGAAGUGUCAAGCAGUGAUGAAGAUGAUGAAUUGUCUUAUAGACCAAAUAUGAUAAAUGCGAAAUCACAAACAAACGACAAAUCAAAAUCCACUAGAGAAACUAAAUCUGGAUCAAACGACAAUAAUGAAGAGACAAAAGAAGAAGACCAAGAAAACGAUGGUAUAUAUAGACCACCAAAGAUUAAUGCUAUGCUACCUCCACAAACAACUACACAUUUCGAGGAUAAAUUUAGUGUUAAGGACCAUAAGGACCGUAGUAGUCAUUCCAAGAUGCAAGCUAUGGAAGAAUAUAUCAAAGACCAAUCAGAACAACCAGAUUGGGGUACAUCUAUUGGUGCAGAUAUUCUAGAUCACGGUAGAGGUGGUAUCAAAUCAUCUAGGGAUACAGAGAAGGAACGUAGAGUAACUACAUUUGAAGAAGAUAAUUUCACAAGAGUGAACCAUAUGGGUAUGAAUAAGACAGAGAGAAAGAAGCAGAAACAAAGACAAAGAAAUGCAAAAGCUAACGUCAUUGGUGGUGAAGAUUUUGGUAUCUUCAACUCAAAGAGAAAGAUGGAAGACAGUACAUCUAGGCGGUCUAAUAAAAAACCUAGAAGUGCAUGGGAUAGGGCUAAGAAGAGAAUGUAA